CCGGUGACAGCAAAGGAGUUGGAGGAUGCUCUCAGCCGAAGGGUGUACAGAGGCGCCAUCAGUAUCCAGCACAGUGAGCCACCCCUUGGUGCUGCCAGGAAGUAUUUCUGGGGUGAAUGUGGAGUGACUGACCAUGUGGACACUGUCUUUCCAGAGUUUCUUGGAGUCUCUGUGGAGUCCCUGGACCAGACCCCAUAGUGAAGGCUGCAGGAUCUUCCUUCAGGCCUCUGCUGUUCUGGUUGAGCCCACAGGUGCCCGCCUGGCCUUAGGUUCCUGGGAAGAGCAGAGUUGUCAGCAGGAGAGCCUGAGGGCUGAGACUCAGGAGGAACAUGCCAGCCAACCAGAACUCUCCCCAGUGGACCUCAGUCCUGGCUGCAGAGGAACAUGGCAGGUUGUGUGAGGUCUCAGUGUCAUUUGAGGAUGUGACUGUGGACUUCAGCAGAGAAGAAUGGCAGCACUUGGACCCUGCUCAGAGGCGCCUGUACUGGGAGGUGACACUGGAGAACUAUAGCCACCUGCUCUCAGUUGGGUACCAACUUCCCAAACCAGAGGUUAUCUUCAAGUUGGAACAAGGAGAGGGACCAUGGACGUUGGAGGGGGAAGCCCCACAUCAAAGCUGUUCAGAUGAGGAUAUUGGGCAAACUCCACAACAGAGAAUUUCUGGAGAAGUUUCAUUCCACUGUGAGAAAUUCGGUCAAUUCAUAGAAGACUCAUUGUGUUCCAUUUUGGAAGAAGUAUGGCAAGAUAAUGACCAGCUAGAGAGAUAUCAAGAAAACCAAAAUAACCCUGCAAGUCAUUUGAAAGUAUUCAUUAAAGAGAGGGGCUACAAAUGUAAAAACAUUGAAAAAAUAAUUCAUGUGAGUUCCAAGCUUGUUCCUUCAAUUAAAAGACCCCAUAACUGUGACACAUUUGGAAAGAGUUUGAAGCAUACUUUAAACUUACAUAAUCAUAAUAAAAGCAAUGCAACAUUGAACCUUGAUAAGAUUUUUGGAAAUGGCAACAAUUUUGCCCAUAGCUCUUCCUGUACUAAGGAUGAGAAUGCUAAUACAGGAGCAAAUGCUUGUGAACACAAUCAAUGUGGAAAACAUCUUUGCCACAAACAAGUUCUCAUCCACCAUCAGAAAAUUCAUACUGGGGGGAAACUUUAUGUAUGUACUGAGUAUGUAAAGAGCUUCAUCCAGAAGUCAGAUCUCUUUGAGCGUCAGAUAAUCCAUGCUGGAGAAAAAUCCCAUGAAUGCAACAAAAGUGAGAAAGUCUUCACUCAGAAGCCCCAGAUUGAUGUAGCUCAAUGUGGGAAAACCUUUACUCUGAAGUCAAACCUCAUUACACAUCAGAAAAUUCAUACUGGGCAGAAACCCUACAAGUGCAGUGAAUGUGGAAAAGCCUUUUUCCACAGAUCAUAUCUCUUUAGACAUAUGAGAAUUCAUACAGGAGAAAAACCUUAUGAAUGCAGUGAAUGUGGAAGAGGCUUCUCCCAGAAUUCAGACCUCAAUAUACAUCAGAAAACUCAUACUGGAGAGAAACUCUAUGCAUGCAGUGAGUGUGGGAAAGCCUUCACAAGAAAAUCAGCACUCAGGAUGCAUCAGAGAAUUCACACAGGAGAGAAACCCUAUGUAUGUACUGAAUGUGGGAAGGCCUUCAUCCAGAAAUCACAUUUCAAUACACAUCAGAGAAUUCAUACUGGAGAAAAACCUUACGAAUGCAGUGACUGUGGGAAAUCAUUCACUAAGAAGUCACAACUCCAUGUGCAUCGAAGAAUUCACACAGGAGAAAAGCCCUAUAUAUGUGCAGAAUGUGGAAAGGUCUUUACUCAUAGGACAAAUCUCACUACACAUCAAAAAACUCAUACUGGAGAGAAACCCUACAUGUGUGCUGAAUGUGGAAAGGCUUUCAGUGAUCAGUCAAAUCUUAUUAAACACCAGAAAACUCAUACUGGAGAGAAACCCUAUAAAUGCAAUGGCUGUGGGAAAGCCUUCAUAUGGAAGUCACGCCUCACUAUCCAUCAGAAAUCUCAUAUUGGAGAGAGACACUAUGAAUGCAAUGAAUGUGGGAAAGCCUUUAUCCAGAAAUCAACACUAAGUGUGCAUCAGAGAAUCCAUACAGGAGAGAAACCCUAUGUUUGUCCUGACUGUGGGAAGGCCUUCAUCCAGAAAUCACACUUCAUUGCACAUCAUAGAAUUCAUACUGGAGAGAAACCUUAUGAAUGCAGUGACUGUGGAAAAUGCUUCACUAAGAAGUCGCAACUCCGUGUACAUCAGAAAAUUCACACAGGAGAGAAACCAAAUAUAUGUGCUGAAUGUGGAAAGGCAUUCACUGACAGGUCAAAUCUCAUAACACACCAGAAAAUCCAUACUAGAGAGAAACCCCAUAAAUGCAAUGACUGCGGAAAAACCUUCACCUGGAAGUCACGCCUCACUAUCCAUCAGAAAUCUCAUACUGGAGAGAGACACUAUGAAUGUAGUAAAUGUGGGAAAGCCUUCAUCCAGAAAGCAACACUAAGUAUGCAUCAGAUAAUUCAUACAGGAAAGAAGCACUAUGCUUGUACAGAAUGUCAGAAGGCCUUCACUAACAGAUCAGAUCUCAUUAAACACCAGAAAACUCAUAGUGGAAAAAAACUUUAUAAAGGCAGUGACUGAAAAAGCCUUCAUCUGGAAAUUAUAACUGGGUAUGCAUCAGACAUCUCAAUGGGGAAGAGAAGUACCUGAUGCUGCAAUCAUUGUGCAGGGAAAGUAGAUAUGACAGACUACAGGUGAAAUGAAUAGGAGGCAAACAAAGCCAAGUAUCCCCCAAAUCCAAGUAACUGCAUCACCACAGUUAAUACACAAUUAUAUGUGUAGGGAGACUCUUUGAUAAA